AAAACCUUUAAUUUCAUGUGAAAUAAUAUUUACAACUCUAAUGUUAAGUAAAGGAACAUUAUCAAUGAGGAUUCGAUUUAAUUUUAUUAGGAGAAUUCUAAGCUUCACAUCUAACAUACAUAACUACAUUAUUCUUAGGCUCAAUUAGAUAAAUUAUCCAUAUUAUAAUCCUACCACUAUAGUAUUAACUUAUAUUUAUCAAGGAUUCUCCAGUGAUUGUUAAUAGAGGGAUCUUUUUGUUUUAACAAGUUUGCUUAACUUAACUUAUAUUUCGUUUACUCAUGAUUGAUUCAUUCUCAAAAACAAUAAAAGAGUUGGGGCUUUCAAAUUCUCACCUCUUUUUUAAGAUUUUUCUUCAAAAGUCUUAAGUUAUUUAAAAAUUGUUAUUUGCAUUUAUGAUAUUAUUACUUUCAAAUCAGAAUGUUUUACUUAAACAAGUUUGAAUCCAGAGCUUUUGUGAUAAAUUGAUUCAAGAUCAUCAUAUAAAUUUACUUCGAUCAGGAAGAAUGUUAAUAGUGUAUAUUCAAAAAUAUAACACAAAUAGAAAUAUACUUAAAAAUAUAUGGUAAUUAGAAGAGACAUCAACUUUGCUCUAAAAUAAUUGAGAUAUAUCAAAUAUCCUAUAAUCUAUUAUCAUUGAAGGCUUAGCUCAGGGGUAGAGCGUUGGAUUCCAGGUCCAGGG